GUCAGUUCCGAAGAAGGAGUGGUGCUGCCAGAACACGGGGAAGGGAUGCGGACCGACCACUACAAUCGAGGCCUACGAUUGCAACAAAGGAUUUGCCAAUUGGAGAGACGGCUGGUCGAUGGAUAAGAAGGACUGGUGCUGCCAGAACAGGAACAGGGGCUGCGCCGCCUCCGCGACCACGAGCCCGCCGUACGACUGCGACCAGGGGUACGCGAAGUGGAAGGACGGCUGGUCGUUGGACAAGAAGGACUGGUGCUGCACGAACGAGAACCGAGGCUGCGAGGGCGACCAGGGCGGCGUCGAUUCCGUGAGCGACACGGGCGCCAGCAGGCUGUACGCCGAAGCGCCCAGGUCCGUGCGUGUUGCGCAGCAGCGGGCGCUGGGAGGCAACACUGGUAUGGGCAACGGCGUUGCAGCUGCAGCAGCGGGGUGCCUGCCCUCUGAUGGUUGGGCUGCGCUCGCUGCGGUCUCUGGUCUUACGGCGCUUGCCAUGGUCUCGCCGGCCCUGCGCGGCCUCUGCACCGCGGCCCGGCGGGGUGCGCUGCGGCGACCGGAGGUGGCCGACUUUGAGCGACCAGAGAGCGUGCCGAUGCUGACUUGA